CAGCUUGGAUCAGAUCCAAAAGACUCACAGGCAGGAGGCAGACUGAAAAGAUGCAGACAAGCUUCCCUCCUCCUGUGAAGACAAUUUUGAGUUGUUACUCCUUAUAGUGCCUACAAAUCGGUGCUAAAGACAUAUGUAGUUUAGAUUUUCUCAUGGACCACCACCAAGUAGGAGUUCAACGUUGUGCCAUUAAUAGACUGUUAACAUGAGAGUGGUUGUCUCUGCAGAAGAGGACUCUCACCCAUGGAUAUAAACAAUUUGGGGUCUGCUUUCAUGCUUAAUAAUGCUUGUUGGUAUUUGACUUGGUUUCUACUAAGAGAUUAUUUAUCCUCUGAAGGAUCUGUUGGGACUCCUUGUCAGAUCAAUUCUUGGGUGGAGCUUGCAGCAACUUGAGGACCGUUUUGCUCUUGCUUUUAAACCAGACGAUCUGUCUGUGCAAGACUGACAAUAAAUAACUCUCAAGCACUGUGGAGAGAUGGAAACUGCAGCUGAAAAAUGAUUUUGGGGAAAGGAAGACAGAAAAGCACAAGCAAACUAUUAUGGAAAUACAAAUAGCCAUCUAAAGGAUCAGCAAAUGUACCAGCUAUGGAGUCUGGCUGUAGUCCCAGCAAGGGAGAUCUCUCUUCAGAGGAAACCUGUUAACCAUUUGGAGGGAGUACAUGUGAAUAAGACGGAGUUAGUAAAUAAAGCUCUGCUUCAGGUUUAGUCUCCCAGAAGGGAAUAUCUUUGGUGAUCUGCAAGACCAUCUCUACUAGAAAUGGAUAACUUCACAAAUGGGCAGCCGGGCCCAGGUCAGAGGAACAGGUUGAUAGGAUUGCUAGAAACAGAUGACAGUAUCCAGGAAGAUAAACCUGCAUCUAGUAAAAAGGAAGAAAGAUCAGGACAUGGAAAGAAAGGAGAGCCACAGCCCUUGGAGACACCUUAUCAGAAGGAGAGCAGUGACUUCCCUCCUAAAGUCAAGAUUAAUCUGAACUAUCGUCCAGGACUCGUCAGCAACCAAAAGGACCCAAAUCGCUUUGACAGAGACAGGCUCUUCAGCGCAGUCUCAAGGGGCAGUCCCGAGGCACUGGAUGGUUUACUUGAGUAUUUAAGGAGGACCUCCAAAUUUCUCACCAAUUCUGAAUACACAGAUGCAAAGACUGGGAAGACCUGCUUAAUGAAAGCCCUAUUGAACUUAAAAAAUGGAAAGAAUGACACAAUCCCACUUUUGCUGGAAAUAGACCAAAAGACACAGAAUCCCAGGCCACUUGUCAAUGUGGCAUGCUCUGACUGCAACUACAGAGGCCAGACAGCACUCCAUAUUGCCAUAGAGAAAAGGAGCUUAGAUUUAGUGAAACUGCUAGUAGAGAAUGGAGCUGAUGUCCAUGCCAGAGCCCAUGGUGAAUUCUUCAGGAAGAAGAAAGAAGGAGUUUACUUUUAUUUUGGUGAACUUCCCCUCUCCUUGGCUGCUUGUACCAACCAGCUUGAGGUGGUGGAAUAUCUUCUAAACAAUCCACACCAGAAAGCCAGGCUCCAGGAGCAGGAUACACAGGGUAACACAGUUCUCCAUGCCCUGGUGAUGAUUGCAGAUGACACGGAGGAGAACACCAAGUUUGUGAGCACAACAUAUGUUGAGAUCUUGAAGGCAGGUGUGAAGGCUGACCCAACAUGGAAACUGGAGGAGAUAGUGAAUUAUGAUGGAUUAAAUCCUCUGCAACUUGCUGCCAAGACAGGCAAAGUGGAGAUCUUUAAGCACAUCAUCCAAAGAGAGAUUAAAGACCCGGUGUACAGGCACCUGUCACGCAAAUUCACUGAAUGGACCUAUGGGCCCAUCCAUGUGUGUCUCUAUGACUUGUCCUCUAUAGACAGCUUUGAGGAAAACUCUGUGCUGGAGAUUCUGGCAUACAGCAGUGACACACCGAAUCGAUACAAGAUGGUGGUUUUGGAGCCACUGAACAAACUGCUUCAGCAAAAAUGGGAAACGUUUGCUUCCAAGAGAUUCUACUUCAGUUUUGUUUCAUACUUGUCAUUCAUGAUCAUCUUUACAGCCAUUGCAUACUAUCAACCCCUACGGGUAAAGCCUUCCUUUCCAGUGGAGUUCACAGCUGGAGGCUUCCUGUGGGUCUCUGGACUGAUCAUUAUCUUGCUAGGAGGCAUUUAUCUAAUCUUUGCUCAGAGUCUGUACUUGCGGAGGAGACGCCAGUCCCUGAAGACUAUGUGUUCUGACAGCUGCAUUGAGAUCUUGAUCUUCAUCCAGGCUUUCUCACUGUUGCUGUCAGCAGUCCUGUACGGUGCAAGUUCAGAAAACUAUGUGGCGGUGAUGGUGUUCUCCCUGCUUUUGGGAUGGGUGAAUAUGCUGUAUUACACUCGGGGCUUUCAACGCACUGGGAUCUACAGUGUCAUGAUACAGAAGACUAUCCUGAGAGAUCUGCUGCGUUUUCUCUUGGUUUAUAUGAUCUUCCUCUUUGGAUUUGCUGCAGCUCUGGUUACACUGAUGGGGGAUGCUCCUUCGGCCUCUCAGAACAAGUCUCUCGCUCAGUUAGAGAGCACUGGGAGCCAUGCUAUGUAUGGCGGGCUGCUCAGCGUCUCCCUGGAGCUCUUCAAGAUCACCAUUGGGAUGGGCGACCUGGAUUUCCAGGAACAUGCCAGAUUCAGAUACUUCGUCAUGCUCCUGCUGCUUCUCUUUGUGAUCCUCACUUACAUUCUUUUGCUCAACAUGCUGAUUGCGCUCAUGAGCGAGACUGUCACAGAUAUUUCUAGUUACAGCAAAAGUGUCUGGAAGCUGCAGAGGGCUAUUGCUAUUCUAGAAAUAGAGAAGGCCUGGCUGUGGCGCCAAGGUGGGAAGAGAAGAUCUGGCUGCUUCAUGUCAGUGGGCCUCAAUAAGAAAGAUGAGAGGUGGUGUUUCAGAGUAGAGGAAAUCAAAUGGACAAAUUGGGCAAAGGAUGUGGGAGUUCUUAAGGAAGACCCUGGAAACACCAGUGAUUCAGAAAUAAAUCCAGAAGCUUCCUGCUGACAAAGGGCUGCUGUUCUUAUGUCUCCUGCUGUAGAGACAAGAUCAUGGAAACGGAUGCCACAGAAACAUCUGAGAUCAGCUGUUUCAGAGGAGCAGUCACUAUUGCAGCCCCAGCUACCAGCAGCUGAGAUGAUUCCUCUAGAGGGACAAACCAGAAAUCUUUAGCAGGUUUUCUGGACUCGCAACCUUGCUUCCAUCUUCAAAGGAGUAGUUCUUCCUAUAGCGGCUGGAAGAAUUGAAGGCAUUAUCAGUAUUAAAGUGCAUUUCAUUGAAGACUGUGGUUCAGCCUGUGGCUUUAAAUAUUUUCAUGCACUUUAAUCAUUUAUUUCCUUUGAAGAAACUAUUUUUACUCAAUUUUCUCUGCCUGACACUUUCUUAUUACUAUGUCUAAAGGUACAAGAGCAAGAUCAUAGGGGCAGUGGGGAGUGGUCUUUGGGAAGACAGUGUUUUUUGAGCUGUAUAGAAAUAAUGCUGUUUGCCAUAGAGAAGCAAAGGAUCUAAGAGUGGGCUGACUGUUAUUCUUUUGUCACAAGAGACUGCAUUGAAGUGCUUUGGAAUAAAGAGUGUUGUAGAGUCAUAAAAA